CACACUGCUCACUUCGCCCUAAUCAGUAAUCACACAAGCGGGGCUAUGGAAGAGGCAGCGGCGUCGGAGCGGAAGCGGCCUCGUGGCGGCGGCAUGGAUCCAUCGACGGCGGCAGCCCCACCGUCGACGUCAGCGGCGGCGGCGGCGGCCGGGGAGGCGCAGUACGUGUACCUGCCCGUCGCCGACGCGCUGAAGGCCCCGGGGGCGCGGGUCUGCCUCUUCGCCGCCGUCUCCGAGAUCGGCGCGGCCGUCCGCAGCCGCGGCACCGAUUUCACUCUUACAUUGAGGAUUGUGGAUCAAUCACGUGCGUCUGGAAUCUCUGUGACCUUCUUUGCUGAUAACACUGCAUUACUGCCCUGUGUUAGGUCAAGUGGAGAUGUGAUCAGUCUCCAUAAUGUUGUGAUAACAAUGCAUCAUGGAGAAUUUUUUGUCACAUAUAACAAAAAAUUUUCUUCAUUUGCACUAUUCGAAGGGAAAGUAUCUACAGAAUGCAGACCCUAUCAGCGUUAUAUGAAAUACCAUGGAAACAAAUAUGACAAUGAAAUUUUGACUCAGAUGAGAAUGUGGCUUGUACAUAAUCCUCCGGGUCUUAAAGAUCUUGAGCUGCAGUUAAGGACUAUAAAGUCUGAUUCUACUUUUGAUCUAGUAUGCAAGGUUCUAGAUGUUCAUGAGGCUUCCAAUGGCGUAUGGAUUUUGUAUGUUUGGGAUGGAACUGAUACACCUGUGACUGAGCUACCGAUGAUUUUUGACACUAAAUCAGUCUCUCCACCACCUCUACAUCUUGAAGGAGCACCUCUGCCAAGGGAGGUUUUGUGCACAUUGCCUUGUGUUGGGAGUGUACUGAGGGUUUUCUCAAACAGGUUUUUCAAGGAAAUACUGCACUUGCAAAAGGGUAUUUAUUGGGCCAGGUUCUGUAAUAUUACAUGCAAGCAAGAGUUUGGCAUGUGGAAAGGGGUUCUACUGCCUUCUAGUAGAGUGCGCCUUUUAUCCAAUGAAGAUGGCAACGUUGUUGAUCGUCUGAAGCUGUUCGACAGUCGCAUUGCCAGCCAAAUUCAUCGCCAGCCAAUGGCAAGCCUCCCCAGUGCUUCUGAUAUUGCUGAUGUAGAAUACGAGAGAGUGGGUUACACGACAUUAAUGGAGUCUCUCACCCAUGGAGAGGUGACGCACAAAUUCAAAACCUUGGUUCGAGUUGUGGCAGCACAUCCACGUCGAGCCAGUGACCUUUGUUCAUUGUUGGCUGGUAACUGUUGUCUAAGGUUGACUCUUGAGGAUCCUACGGCAAGAAUUCAUGCGUACAUCCACAAGGACGAUGGGGCCAAAUUUUUCGGUGGUUUCCUGACGGCGGAAGCUCUGACCAGAAAGAUGAACAAGCUUCUGGGUAUCCCAGAAGAUACUGAGGAAGGUGCUCCACUGACUAGAAACCCACCGUGGAUAUGGUGUUGCUUGAAGUCUUACCGUCUGGACAAGAACGACCCCUGGGGCACCAGAAGAUACCGGGUCUUUGGCACUGAGAUUAGGGACUGAAUAGGGAAGAAAGGGUGAUCCAAAGAUUUGGAGUUCCUUGGAAAUGACCGUGCUGUGCAUAUCAUUCCCAUUUUUCUUGUGCUACUGACGUGCAAAGAUCCCAGUUAGGAAGAACCAUUGGCUUGCAGUACUAUCUUUUGAUGAAAUGGAAGGCUCGGAGCAGCCCUUCGAUUAGUGUGUAUUGCCUGGAAUCACUUCUUGUAGGCUGUAAGCAUUACGAAUGGGUGCGGGUCACUACUACGGAUACUCAUUGAUUUACUCUGUUCCGUUCAAAUGAAUGUAUAUUUUAGUUGAUUUUAUUGGACUAAAGUGGGUCAACUUGCAUUAUGAACGGGUGCGGGACACUACGGGUAUUCAUUGAUUUCCUCUAAUUCGUUCAAAUGAAUGUAAUC